AUGCAAUGGAUUAUUUCCUUCCAAAUGCUAGAGGAUGUGAUAAACUUAAAUGUUCAAAGGGAUUCACAUGUGAGGAUGGCCCGGGACAACAAAAGAUCAAAUGUCCAACUUCCAAGUCAUCAUGUUGUAACUUUAAGUCAAGAUGUGUGUAUCUGGGUCCUAAGCCUGGAGACCCUUCCACGAAUAUUACAAUUGAUCCACUGUCCGGAACUUCCGCAAACCUCAAGACCUACUACAACCAGUGCAUCGAGCACCACUUCCAAACCCUCCACAACAACUGGAAAGACCACAACAACUUCGUCGUCCACCACAGGAAAGGGAAGCACAUCCACUACAACUGGGGUGCCUGCAACUACCAAAGGUUCAUCAACUACCAAGGGCUCAUCAACUACCAAGGGCACCACAAUCACUGGUAGUAGUUCAACAACUGGUCGAGCAACAACAAGGUCAGCAACAACUGGAUCAUCUACAACAGGUAGUACAAGUUCCACGACAUCCACAUCCACAUCUACAUCAUCGUCAACUAUAUCUUCUACAACCUCGACCACAAGUGAUGACAUCCCACCAACAACAACAUCUACUACGGGAUCCACCACAACGACAACAUCGUCAACCAUUGCUACAACCACUGGUGGUACACCAGUGUCUACGACCGAUGGUGACACUGGAUGGUCCGAGACACCAGAUCCUGGCUCCCAAGACACGGGACCAAUGGGAUCAUGGUUCACUAGUCCAGCCAAUAUCCCAGUGUUUGGC